GAGCUGUAAUAGGAGAGGUAGCAGUGGCACCUGUGCCCAGUACCCAGGCGAGAAGUCCCUUGUGCCGUCAUCUCAGGGUUUCCUCCCAGAUUGGACUACCAUGAAACUGCACCGAAAGUCGGUGCUCAGUUUCUUUCGUGGGUACAGAACACAGGCUCCAGACCGGGAGGGCAUCCUGCUAAAGAAGGGGGCCAGAAACACCAGCUACCAGCGCCGCUGGUUCAUCCUCCGGGGAAACCUCCUCUUCUACCUGGAACACCAGGAUGACCACAUACCCCUGGGCCUCAUCAUGCUAGAGAACUGCCAGGUGGCGCCACGCCUUGGGGCCACAGAACCCUUCGCCUUUACCAUCCUGACCCCAAGAGCAGAAGGUGGGCGGGCCUACAAGCUGGCAGCAGAAAACCAGGAGGAGCUGGGAGCCUGGCUGUUGGCACUGGCUGGGGCAAGCUGGAGGCAGCUGGCUCUGCUGCUACGCCCCCUGGAGGCCCAGUACCGGGAGCUGUGCCAGGCAGCUGGACAAGAGCCCAGCUUACCCCCAGAAGACUGUGGCUCCCCAGCCACCCUCAGUACCCUCUCCAGCUUCCAGGAGUUGCAUGAGCACUUUGGGAAGGAGAUCUGGGCGCUGCAGGAGGUGCAUAGAGGUCUCCAGGAGGCCAGUGACAAUGGAGGCAGCAGAUCCCAGGCAGAGGUGGAGCAGGAGCUCAACCACUGUCUGUUGACGAGUGACUAAUAGACAAAGCCAAAAGGUACCUACCUGCCAAGACCAGCAGAUUGCUUCAAGAGACACCCAUACCCUGGCUGGCUCCAUCACUCCCCCCUUCCUUGUCCUUAUUCUAACCCCCUUCAUCAAAUAACAAGGCAAGAGACAGGCCCAGGUA